AUGGAGAUCACGACUGUCAAUGACCCAAUCGAGCCCAUCGAGGAUGCUGAAACCUCCGAUGCCUCGUCCGAACAUACAAUUGAGCAUAUCAUGUGCGAUCAGGCACUAACUGGCCUUGUUCACAUGGUUUCCCAAUCAUCAAGGAACCUCGCCAUCUUCCGCCGAGCUCGCGAGCUGAUCAUCCACCGCGUCCUCGCCAACGAACUCGGCUCCGACGAAGUCGCCCAGUAUGCGAUUGCACGAUACAUCAGCGAGAAGCCACGUCUCCGAGACUGGAUCAAUGUCGACAAGGCUCUCUCUUGCCCAGAUCCCACAACCCCCAAGAUGGUACUCUUCGAACAUACUUGGUCUUUGGAUGUGCUCGAAUUUCGAUACAGAGACAUCUUCCACUUGACCGACGCCAACGAGAUUAUUGCGUUCCACAAGAAUAUCGUCGAACUCGUCGACAAAUACAUGGCGGAUCGGGUCGAUGCAACAGAGCUCCCACAAGUCUCCGUCGCGGGCAAUCAAUCGUCUGAGUCUCUGGUACAGCAACAUAAAAUCCGACAUCAGCUGGCUUUGUAUGCUGCCGACGCAGCGCGCCAUUUGAUGGCAGGACAAUUCCGACUUAUUCUCGACCGAAUGAUGAUCGUCUCGUUCCCUAAGGACCCGUUCGUCAUGAGAAUUGACCUGGAGGUAAACAACGGCAAUAACCCUCCAUUUAAUAUCGCCAACACAUUAGUUGCCUGA